ACGCGCAUUCCCUGGGAUCAGAAGGUUUUCUAUAUUCAUAUUACCAAUCCCCCUACCUUACCUCAGAGAGAAUAGAAUGAGUCGCCCUAGCCCUAGUCUUACUAAGAAAGAUAAGAAAGAGUUCCACCCUUAUGUUGAUCCCUUGCAAAAUACCAAUCCUCUGGAAGCUCGAGGCUGGUCUAGCCCCGAUGCCUCCACAAGGAAUUCUGUCCCGGAAACACCAACACACAUGUGACUCACUUGGAAAUCAAGACGCCAACCAAUCAUCAACACGAACCAACUGUGGAUCAGUUGUUUCAGUCUUCCAGGAACGGUUCACAACUGGAGCCUCAAAGAAAUCUCCAACAUUUCCAAGACGAGCUUCGUCUGGAAAAUCCGUCUCCCUUCGUAACCAGGACCCUUUCAGCGCACGGUGUCUCGUGCCAAGUGAAAGGAAAGCUCCGCUUGCUCCAAACCAUGAAAAGAGAGUGCCCGGCUCGCAACCUCUCGACUUUGGUUGGACAUGCCAUUUUGACAACGGUGCUGGCGGAUCCAAUCUUCCCGCCUUGAUUCCCCGGGAAUCGGCGGCAAGUUCCGACAGAGUUAAUCCAUAUGAGAUUUACGAAAGAAUUAAGAUUCUUGAAGCGCGAGACUAUUACAAUUUGCCCCCGCAGAAUAAUCCAGGAGAUUACGAAAGGCUAGUGGAGGAGAACUUGUCUCGAGCUUGGAAUAUGAAAGGAAAUAAGGCUUGCUUGCUUUCUUCCUCGGGAAUCUGGGAAGUGGGAACGCAGAUGAUCGGGAAUCUUAUUGAGGAGAGCGAUAAAGGCACAGAGGGGUCAAAUCUGGGUAAGAGGGUGGGGGCCACUCGGAUCGGAUUCAAGGAAGGGGUCGAGAGCUUGGAUCCAGGUCAUUGCUACGCUCGUUCGUACUCCUUGAUGGAACAGCCGACGGGCGCGGGUUUGGGACAAGGAGAUGCCCUAGCAUCGGAAGAGAUAAGAGGUAGGGUUGGGCCAGUUGGUGCUAGCAGCCAGGAGAGAGAAAGAGAUGAUUGGUUGAAAGGCCCUGGCAUAGGAAGAAAGAAUUGGUGGACUUGGUGAAGAGCAAUGAGAAGGAGCUGUAAAAGCAUUAUGAUAGAUUACACUAGAUAGAAGUAGAAUAGAAGUAGAGCGCCUUGCGCGAGACCCUCACGAAAGCCCGUCUUUUUGCUUUUUGAUUCAAACCUAAAUUCCUUUCAUAGAGCUGGUGGAAGUUCAUGAAAUGAAAUCCGGUUUCCUUUCCCACUUAGAUAUACUCCGGGGGGAACUUGGUCCCGGAAUAACCGGAUCGGGAUCGAUUGCUGCUACCAAUCUUUCGUGUCCACGGCCCCUAUUAACGUAUUAAUAACGUAUUAAACACCUCACUGAACAUCUCGACCCGGCCAGACACAGGAAUCAAAUAACCCGACCUAGCCAAGUAGUGAACGGCUCCUAUUAAUGACCGGCCAGGAUCAUCUAAGUGGGAAGGUCAAGUUGGGUAAAUCACUCAACCUAGUCAGUGUAGAUUACACUCCCAGCCUUCACCCUGGCGAGCACGAAAGAAUGCCGGGGCGUUAUAUGGAAUGGGGGGGAAGUAAAGACUCAGCUUUAUCAGACAGACAGCUAACUCCAUUGGCAUUGGAUAGGAGCACAGAUUGACAAUCAUCCGAAGCAUUGAAGGAUAGGAUGGCAGGAGGGAGAUAGGCUCUUCGAGACCUUGCCAACGACCGACGAAGAAGGGUCACCAGAAAGCUUGAUUGCUUUCCCAUUUGUGGACACCCCUUCCGAAGCUUGUCGGCCCAGAGGGAGUUAGCCUUCGCGCUCCCAACUCCAAGUAUCAAUCAAAAACCUCGAAGUGCCUGAGACAUAUAGAAAAACCCGUCAACCGCUCUCUAGGAAGUUGUAGACGCAUGGAAGGAGAUUCAUGAACGAAGUCACCCAAGUAAGCGCCGGGAGCGUUGGGAGAGCGCGGAGGAAUAGGGUUUUUCGUUC